AUGACAACGUGCGAUCGCGCAGUGCGUCGCCUUCGCACGGCGUGCGAAAAGGCCAAACGCGACCUCUCCAUUUCCAACACGGCGACGCUCGAGCUUGAGGUGCUCUUUGGCAACGUCGACUUCCGUUCGAGCAUCACCCGCGCGCGAUUCGAAGACUUGUGCUCUGGGCUCUUUCGCAAAGUGACGCAGCCCAUCGAGAAGGUCCUUCGCGACGCCAAGAUCGACAAAAGUCAAGUGCGCGAUGUGGUGCUCGCUGGUGGCUCGAUGCGCAUGCCCAAAAUGCAACAAUUGCUCUCAUCAUUUUUCGGCGAACGCUACGCAGACAAGAAGCUCUGCCACUCGAUCCUCAACAACAACGAAGCUGCCGCUCAUGGCGCUACGGUCAUGGCAGCGUUGAACGACGAUACGUCGCCUGAUGUCUGGCACCUUCUCGUCCUCCACGUCGUGCCCUACUCUGUCGGGAUUGAAACCGGCGGUGGUGUCAUGACAACAGUGAUCUCGCGCAACACGACCAUACCAUCCAAAAAGUCCGAGGAGUUUAAAAUUUCCCAGCCACAGAGUCCGCCGUACCACCCGACGUCAUUCAGCUAUCGUGACGAAUGCACCUGCGACGACUCGGACGACUCGAACGACGAAUGCACUUGCAAUGACUCGGACGACUUGGAUGACAACUGCUGCUGCACUCACUAUUGCGAAGAGCACUGUAAGGAGUAUUGCGGCAGUGAAUGCGACCACGGCGGCCACAACGACAUUGACUUCCCUUCCUACCCGCGCUACGGGCCGAAAGAGCCAUUCAUUGACGCCAGAGACAACGCGAUCAAGAUCUUUACGGGUGAGCGAUCCAUGGUACGCGACAACACGCCUCUCCACACGAUUGCAAUCCACGGCUUUUACGAUCCGACAGCGAGAAGCGACGUCACGUUCGACAUCGAUGGGAACGGUCUUUUGACCGCCAUCGUCACGUACACACCACAUAUCGGAACAAACGAAACGAUCGUCGUCAAGCUGGACAAGGGAUACCUCUCGCAGCACGACGUCAAGCGGUUGACGACAAACUUUGAGGCUGCUGCAGACGACCGUACUCGCCGCCGAGUAGCCCACGAGCAGCUUCAGAUGUACUUGAUCGGAGGCAAUUACCCGUACUGGCGGGCUGCGGACGCUGUUGAGGUGCUCGAGUGGCUCGAUACCAUUUCUCUCGGCCGUCACAUCAAGGCCAGUGUACGCGAGAUCGAAGCCAAGUAUCGGAUCUUCUUGGGUCCUGCAAUCGAAGACGUCGACUAA